AGGAUGAGUAAAGCAUAAACCACACGCACCUUGCUCUGUCUGUCGAUCGCACGCUGCAUGUGAUCCUUGGAAUCAUUCACUUGCACUUUAAGUCCUCUCUCCUUCCUCUGGCUAUAAAUUGUUGCACGUACUAUACAUUACAUAUAUACACACACAACCAUACGGCACUCACAUGAACAUGAACCUCCUUCAGUUCCUUUGCUAGCUUGCGCCAUUAGAGCUAUAUAUAGCUUAGCGACGCCGAGUGAGAAAUGGAGACAGGAAGAAGAAGAGGAGGCAUGAGAGCAAUGCUGUUGUUGGUGUUGAUGGUCAUGGCGGCGGCGGCGGAGAGAUCAAGCGAUGUUGUCGGCGUUGUUGGUGCCGGAGGCGGAGAAGAUGAGGCCGCGGCUGUCGACGAGGAUGAGGAGAGGUUCUUGAAGCCGUGGAAGGAGCGUGCCGGUGAUGGAGACGAGGAGGAAGAUCACCUGAUGGAAUGGCAUGACGGCGACAACGACGACGACGACGAAGAGGAGUACGAGGAAUUAGAUGGCAUCAUGUUGGGGGAGACAACGGCGAGAUGCCGCGCGGGGCAUAGUAAGUGCAGGAACGUGGUGAACGUCGACAGCUUCGGCGCGGCGGGGGACGGCACCGCCGACGACACGGAGGCAUUCCGGAACGCGUGGAAGAAGGCGUGCUCGCUGAGCAAUGCGGUGUUGGUGGUCCCCGCCAACCGCCGCUACAAGGUCGGCACGAUGAGGUUCAUGGGUCCAUGCAAGGAGAAGCUGGUCGUGCUGAUCCAGGGCGCCAUUGUGGCGCCGGAGGAGCCAGAGGAUUGGGACCCUGCAAGCCCGCGGUUGUGGCUCCUCUUUGGGGGCCUUGUCGGUGCCCGCAUCCAGGGCGGCGGCAUUAUUGACGGCUCCGGCUCAAAGUGGUGGGCCAACUCAUGCAAGAUCGACAAGUCCAAGCCGUGCAGAGGCGCUCCAACCGCGGUGACAAUCGACUCAUCUAGGAGCGUGCGGGUGCGCCGCCUACGGAUCCAGAACGCACAACAAAUGCACUUGACGGUGUCACGGUCGCACGCCGUGUCUGUCUCCGGCGUAAUCAUCUCGGCUCCACGAGACAGCCCCAACACGGACGGCAUCCACGUGUCGGAGUCCACGGCUGUGACCAUCACGAGCUGCCGCAUCGGCACUGGCGACGACUGCAUAUCCAUCUCCAAUGCAAGCUUCGCCAUCAAGAUGAAAGGCAUCGUCUGCGACCCAGGCCACGGCAUCAGCAUCGGCAGCUUGGGCCAGGGAGGGUCGUACGCCGCCGUGGAAGGCGUCACCCUCGACAAUGCCCGCAUCAGCAACGCCCAGAACGGGGUCCGGAUCAAGACGUGGCAGGGUGGAACCGGAUACGUCCGUGACGUGCGGUUCUCAAACGUGUUGGUGGAAGGGGUCGACCACCCCAUCAUCAUCGACCAGUUCUACUGCGACUCCCGGACGCCAUGCCAGAACCAAAGCACCAAUGUACAGGUGAGCGAUGUGAUGUACCGAAACAUCACCGGCACGUCGACCCGGGCGGAGGCGAUCAAGUUCGCGUGCAGCGAGACUGUGCCGUGCAGCGACAUCGUGCUCAGCAACAUCGACCUUCUUCGAGAGGACGGCGACGAGUUGCAUACCGUGUGCAACUGCGUAAUGGGGUUCGACUAUGGGCCUGUCCGCCCCCCUGCCGACUGCCUUAGGAACAACGUAUGCGGCGGCGGCGGAGGGCAGAAGAUUGGCGGGGAGGAGCCACCGCCGCUGCACACCGAGUUGUGAGGUGGAACUUUGUGACCUGUGUCUUAGAUGUUGACAUGCUAGGCAUGCCCUUUUGGCUUAUCUUAUAAGUGUUGAAUGUUAAUUAAUUAGGUUUUUAUUUAUUGAUUUUUAUGUUUUGUUGUAUCGACGGCUGCUUAAAUUUUACCGGGUAGUUUUUUCUUUGAA